AAUAUAAUCUGAAAUGUCUCUCCUCAGAGACCAACUGGAGGAGUAUGGUGGAGUCGUCAGAUGGGCUGGAGCCUGUGGAGGCUAAACCCAGCCAUCCUGCUGCUUCCUCUGGGUGCAGAGAGACAAACCAGCCCCCCUCCACCACCACCAACCGCAGCCCUUACUCCACAUCCUCCAGCUCAGAGCAGCCGUCCCUGCUCCAGGCCCAGGCCCGGGGGAGAGAGAGGAGGGCCGGGCAGACGACCGCUUGGAGCUGGCCUCCCAGCAGAGCACGGAGACAGGCAGUUUGGAUGGGGCUGCAGGGACCUCCUCAACUCUUCCAUCACCUCCACCACCUCCACCCUGGUCCCCGGUAUGCUGGAGGAGGCAGAGGAAGAGGAGGAGGAGGAGGAAGAGUACACACCAGAGCCCAUCUCUGUGGAGGUGCCUGCGGUCAUCAGCCGUAUUGAGUGCUGGGUGUCUAAGACACUGGAGAACCUUCAGCUGGG